CUUCUGGUAUUUCACCUCUGAGCCUCAGUUUUGUCUGGGCUUCAUGUUGCAACACCAGCAGCCAGCUUGUGACAGUUUUUCAGGUGUAUUUUUCUGUGCGCCCUUCUCAAGGAGAUGCCACCAUGCUCUGUAGAACUGCUGUCCCCGUGUGUCUCUGUGUUUUGGGGGCUGGAUGGCUUCUCCCGGUGCCCUGGCUCCUCAGCCUGGUGGUCGCACUUGCUCUUUCUGUGACGCUGACAGAUUUCUGGAAGUGUAUCCGUGUCGCUGUGUGCACCAUCAAAAGAGACCUGCAGUGUCUGGUGGUUAUUCUUCGUGUGAAGUACCACAUUCACCAGCAUACACGCAACGGGGCCACCAUUCCUUCCCUGUUUGCUCAAACCGUGAAUUCAAAUCCAGACAAGCCAGCGUUGAUCUACGAGUCCUCAGGAGAGGUCUGGACCUUCAGGGAGCUGCAGGAGAGAUGUCAUACUGUAGCACAUUGGGCUCUGGCACAGGGAUGGGCGGAGGGAGACGUUGUGGCCUUGUAUUUGGAGAGUCGCCCUCUUGUGGUGGCCUUGUGGCUGGGUCUGGCCAUGGUCGGGGUGGAGGCUGCGCUCAUCAACUACAACCUUCGAAGGCAAUCGCUGCACCACUGCGUCACUGUGUCUGGGGCUCGGGCCAUUGUGUUUGAAGCCAAGCUCUCAGAAGCUGUGGUCGAGGUGAGAAGCUGCCUACCUCAAGACAUGCUUCUGUUCAGCACUGGAGAAUUAGGAGACGAUGACACGCUCUGUAGCCUCCAGGCUCAAAACCUGGACCUGCUGCUGACCUGCUCCCCCAAACAUCCACCCAAACACACAUCGCACAAGGCGUUCAACGAUAGGGUUUUUUAUAUUUACACUUCCGGCACAACAGGGAUGCCGAAAGCAGCCGUGGUGGUUCACAGUCGUUAUUACCGAAUUGCUGCGUUCGGUUUCUGGUCCUUUGGUUUGAAACGUAAUGACAUCAUCUACGACUGUCUUCCUCUGUAUCAUUCCGCAGGCAGCAUCAUGGGUGUGGGUCAGUGCUUGCUGUUUGGCGCUACUGUUGUCAUCAGGAGGAAGUUCUCAGCCAGUCGCUUCUGGCAGGACUGUGUAACCUACAACUGCACCGUGAUCCAGUACAUCGGAGAGAUCUGUCGGUACCUGCUCGCUCAGCCACAGUGUCCGUCAGAGCAGCGACACCGUGUUCGUGUCGCCCUUGGAAACGGCCUUCGCCCAGCAGUGUGGGGAGAGUUUGUGCAGAGAUUCAGAAUAUCACAGAUUGGGGAAUUCUACGGCGCCACUGAGUGUAACUGCAGUCUCAUCAACAUAGAUGGAAAGGUCGGUGCUUGCGGUUUCGUCAGUCGCAUUCUUCCCGGUUUCUACCCGGUCAGGUUGGUCAGGAUGCAGGAAGAGAGCGGGGAGUUGCUCAGAGAUGCUCAGGGUCUCUGCGUCCCAUGUCAGCCUGGGGAGCCAGGAAUGUUAAUGGGACGCAUCCACCCCGGUGACCCACUGAGGAGGUUUGAUGGCUACGCGGACCCGACAUCCACCAGUGGAAAAGUAGCUCACGACGUCUUCCAGAUGGGAGACGCUGCUUACAUGUCAGGUGACAUCUUGGUGAUGGACGAUUAUGGCUACAUGUAUUUCAGGGACCGCAGCGGCGACACGUUCCGCUGGCGAGGAGAGAAUGUCUCCACCGCGGAGGUGGAGGGAGUCCUAAGUGGACUGCUGGGACAUGCUGAUGUGGCUGUUUAUGGAGUUCCAGUCCCAGGUGUGGAGGGGAAGGCAGGAAUGGCAGCCAUCGCUCAGGCAGGCGAUCAGCUGGACCUUGAUGCCUUUCUGAGCGAUGUCCAGAAGGCUCUGGCCUCAUUUGCACGUCCAGUCUUUCUGCGAACAGUGACAUCAGUCGAUACCACAGGGACCUUCAAGAUCCAGAAGACCCGAAUGCAGAGAGAAGGCUUCAAACCGCAGACCUCCACCGACGUGAUCUAUUUUCUGAACAGUCGCUCUGGUCGAUAUGAAGUGGUGACUGAUGAGCUAUAUGAUGAAAUUGUAAAUGGACACAUGUUUUUAUGAUGCCAGGUGUAAUAUAGCGCGACAUGUGCGCGACAUUUUUCCUUGUAAUUGUGUUGUGAAAUUGAAGCUUCAAAUCUUCAUGUGGAUCAGUUUAUUACUGACUGAGGAGCUGGUGAUGUUCGUACCUCAGUUAGUUUGUGCAUGUGAGGGUUCUAGGGUUUUUCCUGAUGAUUUUAUUGAUACUCCAGACAAAAAUAAAAUGAGUGACAAUACAAUGAGUCUUGCAGCAUUAGGUGGUCAAAUUCAGUUGCAUUGUGAAAUUAUAAACCAUCACAUCAGAAAUGGUCAGGUGUCACGCAGCCUCUGUCUGCCAUUGGGACUCGUAUGCAGUGUGAAAUAAACCUGUCCUCACCAAAGCUUUUGAGCGACCCAAAGCAGCACGACAAAAUGACUGACAGUUGCAUGUUGACUUGAAGCCUUCAAGAGACACAGAUGUGUUCCCGCUUGUCCCUACUGUCCUCAGGAUACGCAAUAGAUUGACCGCUUUUCUUUAAGGCGUCGGCCUCCAUCCAGUAUAACCACACUUAAAAGUUGUUGUUUUUUUUUGACUACUUUCAUUUGAUGUUGCAGGCAAAUUAAUGAUGUUUGUAUAUGUUGGCUGUGACAUAAAAAUGUUAGCAGUUCUUUAAAGUCUUCAAGUGAUUUGUUUGUACUAUUUCAAUUUGUCCUGCUUAAACAUGCAUUUUUGUAUACAGUUAUGUUGACUUUAUAGUGUCUGUCUUCCUAUGCAAUAUUAUUUUCAGGUAAAAACAAAAAAUUAUAAAAAGUACUAUUUUUAUUUUAUUUUUAUUUUUAUUUUUAUUUUGAAACCUGGACCUUGCUGUUCUUUCUUUCAUGAAACUUUCUUGAAACAUCAGUUUAUCACACUCUAUUGCUCUACUUCAUGACAUAUGACAAUGUGAACAGAUUUGUCCACCAAUUUCCAAUGUAUUAGUGACAUAACUUCAAUUCAAUCAUUGUAAAUUGAAGGCAUACAUUUCCCUCCACACUGGUGGUGCCUUCGGGUCGAACCGAAUUAAGAGUGAAUGACAGAUGAAUGUCUACAGAUCAACUGCUAUUGGUGAAGCUGCUCAGCCAUGCUUGAUUUUCUUUUUCAAAUCCUCUUCACUGCUUUAAAGUGUGAUUUGAUUUAUGAUUACUCAUAAAUCAUUUGGGCGCUCGGUGCCCUGAAGAGCUGCUUCAUUCCACCACUUGAGGCAGUGAAUGUCCCUUUUCCCUGCACUGAAGGAGACUGGUGAACUAUUGGUACCAUGCAGGCAGCUGAAGCAUUAGUAUCUUGGUUAGCUCUGACCAGGGGUCACCAACAUGGGAGACCAAGGCAGUAGCCUA